AUGGCUUCCACCGAUACCGUUAAGCUCGCUGAUUAUCUGCUUACUCGCCUACUUCAGCUAGGUGCUCAGUCUAUCUUCGGUGUCCCAGGAGAUUACAACUUGCGCUUGCUGGACUUUGUUGUUCCUGCUGGUCUGCAUUGGGUGGGGAAUUGCAAUGAGCUUAAUGCCGCGUAUGCAGCAGAUGGAUAUGCUCGCAUCAAUGGCUUAUCUGCCCUGAUCACUACUUUUGGUGUUGGAGAGUUGUCUGCUGCCAAUGGUAUCGCCGGCGCUUAUGCUGAAAGGUCACCUGUCAUUCACAUUGUCGGUACCCCACCGCGACCACUCCAGGACAAUCGCGCUUUGAUGCACCAUACUUUCGCCGAUGGUGAAUACAAGCGCUUUGCUGCUAUGUCAAAGCAUAUCACCAUCGCACAAACCGAGUUGCGGGAUGCCACGACAGCACCAGAGAGAAUUGACUGGAUCUUGCAGCAAGCUCUCAUUCACAGUCGCCCCGUCUAUCUCGAGUUCCCCGACGACAUGCCCCAUGUCCUUGUUUCGUCUGAAAGGCUUCAGACCCCGAUCAAGGCCUCAGUUCCUCCCAGCCCUGCAUGUGAAUCUGAGGUCAUCAACCGCAUCCUGGAGCGGAUCUACUCAGCCAAGCAGCCCGCCAUUCUCGUAGAUGGCGAGAGCAAAGCGCUCGGUGUUGUCGACCAACUCGAUAACCUCAUCCAAACCACCAACUUCCCCACCUGGACUUCGGUCUGGGGUAAGGGACUCGUCAAUGAAUCCUACUCCAACGUCUACGGCCUGUACGCCGCAUCAUUCGGCGACAAGCCCGCACAAGAAUACUUCGAAUCGUGCGAUAUGGUCCUCACAUUCGGCCCACACUACAGCGAUACAAACAGCUACUUCGAAAUGGCAGUCCCCAUGCCCGCUGCCGCCAUCACCUUCCGAGACAGCACCAUCCAAGUUGGAUCGGAUAUCUAUCGUGACAUUUCUCCUUUCAGAGUCCUCUCCGCCAUUUUGACCAAACUUGACUCCGCCCGUAUAAGCGCCGCCCAAGGCCCACCCAAACAAGUCGUCACUCUUGAUGAUAUUAAAUCUACCGACCUAGUCGCACAAAAGAACUUUUUCAGACUAGUCAAUCCGCUCUUCCGCGAAGGCGAUAUCAUCCUCGCAGAAACAGGCACAGCAGCCUAUGGCGGCCGACACUUUAAACUUCCCCGAAGUCGCGCCUCUUCACUGCCGUUACAUGGCUAUCAAUUGGUUUCAUGCUCCCCGCUACCUUGGGCACAGCGCUCGCAAAGCGAGAACUCAACAAGCCGUCUGAUGACGGCGCAGGAGAUAAGUGUUAUGAUUAAGGAGAAGUUGGAUAUUCUUAUUAUUAUCAUCAAUAAUGAAGGAUACACUAUUGAGCGGGUGAUCCAUGGAAGAAAGCAGGCAUACAACGAUGUGCCAUCCUGGAGGAACACGAAGGCGCUCGACUACUUUGGAGCGGAUGAAGAGGCUGUGAAAGAGAACACUUUUACGGCUAGGACCGUGGGCGAACUACAGGAUGUGCUGAAGAACGAGAGGGUUAAGGAUGGGAAGGGAGUGAGGAUUGUGGAGGUCUUUAUGGAGAGGGAAGAUGUGCAGGAGGGUCCUUUGCUUUGGGUUUUGAAUAAGCAGCUUGCGGAGGAAGAGGCGGCUAAAUCUGCUUAG